GAGCGUGCAGGUCCAGGCGGUCCGUCUCGCCGAGCAGCUCCGCCCCGCGCUCGAGGACAGACAGCGGAGCGACGGAGACCAGUGCUGAGAGAGAGACAGCGCGCUGUGGAGGCAGGACAGCUCGUCUUUUGCAAGGAAGGACAGGAAACGUAAUUUCACACUUGUGAGAGCGACUGUCUGUGAGGAGCAGCAAGUUGUGAACGCAGAAGCGGCAUUUAAAGCGCCAACUUUGCGCGUGAUGCGGCGUGCGUGGGUUCGGCACCGCGUCUGUGAGCGCACCACGAGACCGCAACCGAGAUAACUUCCACACGGCAGUUUGACACGGAAGUGCAGGCUUCUUUUUCCUCUCAUUGACUGGUGAUUAAGAAGACCGACUCGCUUCAGGUGGCUUCGGAGAGAGGAGACGCACGGACCGCGCGCAUGUGUGGAGUACCAGCAGGAUUUUAGAGCGCGCGCGUUCGCCUGAAUGGAUGGUAACUAUCCGGCCACUUUUUACGAGUCUGAGAAAAGUUUUUGAAAGCCACUCUAAGGAGGAAUGGAUGUGAAAAGCAAGCGGUAUGGUAGUUUGACACGCGGCGGUCCUCUUUCUCCGAUCGUCAUGGAAACAUCUCAAGCUGUGGAGGUCGAGAUGCUGGAUGGAUCCUCCGUGAGAAGUUCAUGCGCUCAGCUUUGACUUUACUUUUUAUUCCUUCGAAGAAGAAUGUGAUGCAUUUGAACAAGACACACAUGAUCGUUCUUCUUAAACGCAUCUGUUAUUAACUGAGCUUAUAUUUUCUGCCUGUUUGCGUUGACAUUAUGGACAAGAACUCUAUUGCUUAUCAGAUGGAGUUGACACUUUUCAUGGUCGUCCUCCUGUUUUGGGUCACCGUGUGCACGGAUGACAGUAAGAUCAUUUCAGACCGGUAUGCUGUGUACUGGAACAGCACGAAUCCCAGAUUCUUGCAUGGUGAAUACACAGUGGAGGUGGCCAUCAACGAUUACCUGGACAUCUACUGUCCACACUAUGAGGACCAUCUUCCUCAGGAGCGCAUGGAACGUUACAUCCUUUACAUGGUCAACUAUGAUGGCUACACCACAUGCAACCACCACAUGAAAGGCUUCAAGCGCUGGGAAUGCAACCGCCCAAUGAGUCCGAAUGGGCCCCUCAAGUUCUCAGAGAAGUUCCAGCUGUUCACACCCUUCUCUCUGGGCUUCGAGUUCCGCCCAGGCCAUGAAUACUACUACAUCUCCUCACCACACCCCAACCUCGGUGGGAAGCCAUGUUUAAAGCUGAAGGUGUACGUCAAGCCUACGAAUGACUCUCUGUACGAGUCUCCAGAGCCGUUCCUGACAGACGACUCCAGCGGUGGUUGGGCAUUAACGGCCAGUCUGUGGCUCAUGCUUCCGCUGCUUCUGCUCCUGUGCCCCUCAUAGCAUCAUAACCCUCUGAGUCUGACCACACCCACCCCACCUGCCCCGCCCCAUCAUGCAUCACAAUGACAAGUCCCGCCCCUUCAGUUCUGGAGUCCAGCCAACAGACAUUGAUAGCAGGCUGCAGCCCUGCAGGACAUCUGCUAACCAACAGUAAUUUGCAUUUACAAUUAUGCUCCGCCCAAAUUCCCAAAUUUGGGCAUUCCUGCAUAGGCGCUCUUGCUCGACCGACAAAAGAUGUAAAUUGGCCAACUUUUUUGUGAGCUAUCUACUUUUCUGCCAACAUCCAACCAUCAUCUGCGUGUCAGGAGAUAGAUUUAACCGAAUGGCUCUGUUUGUCUGCGUUAACCACCUACCUGAGCCUUCACUGUCAUCUGAGCUCAAUUUUCACUUUGUGAGAGCGUGUGUGAGUGUCUAUGCUCGUGUUUGCAUGUUUGUUUGUGCUCAUGGGAGCGUGUAUGCUGAUGUUAGCAUAUGAACAGAUGUACAGAGCAGUCACAGUCCCUUACAAAAUUACUAGAAAAAACUUGUUCCAUUACUCACUAAGAGAAGAAGACAGUUCUGUCUGUUGAUCUGCCAAAGAAUCUACUUAAACUUUUUUAAUAAGGGGAGUGGGAACAAUACUGGCUUUGGUAAGAGAUUACAUGCAAACAUGGAACAUUUCAGGCUUUUAGAUUCAUGAGAGGGGAGUGACGACAGUGUAGAUUUUUCUAUUAUGAUCUUUUUUUGUCAUACAAAAAAAGAAGAAUGUUAAAUAGAUACAAAAAAAUGGCCUUUUUUCACUGGUGCUCAAUCUGAAAUGAGUUUGUCCGUCUUGAACUGCAAAGAAAAUAAUUUUCUUAGUUGGUAUUUUUGACUUUUCAAAAAUAUUGUAUAACAAGUUACAUUUACAUUUAAAAGCUGUAUGAGAUUGUAUGAGAUUUAUGAUUUCAAAUGAUUAAAUCUUACAGUGGGAUGCACCGAAAUGAAUACCGAAAACCCAAAUUCUGGAUGCUCUUUCCCGAAAACUAAAACUGAAAAUGCUUUUUAAUAAUAUGUGUUUUAUUUCAUUAAAUAAUAUCAAAUAAUUUUGUAAGACUUUUUAAUUUAACUCAAUAAAUUUAUUGAUACUGAAUUAAAAAAAUACAAAGCAAUAAAAUAACCACACUUUUAUUGAAGUAACACAAAAUUAGACAGAAAAUAUAUUAAUAUUACCUAUCAUUAUAUAAAUUGUAUUCAGUUCUAUGCAACAAAAUCUGCUUUAACUAAUUUUUUAUUGUAUUAUUAUUAUCCAAAUUAUGUAUAGUCCUACAAAGCUAUUAUUAUCAGAGCAUGUGAGCAGAGCGGAGUGCUGUUUUACCAGCGUUGCCCAGUACAGCUUUACUACACCAUGUUACUGCACAGUAACGCCGCUGCAAAUAGGAACAAGUAGGCUAUACUACAUAGAAAUUUACUGUAGGCAUGUUAUUGGAGCAGACUUUGUCUUUACGUGGAGCAUGAGCAGUGCAUGAUUGUAAAGUGCUUUGAGUACAGCAAUAUACAAUAAAGUGCUUAAUAAAUCCCUCAUUCAUUCAUACAUGAGUGGAGUGUUCGCAUGGGUCGUGAGCAACUCAACUCAUAGAGUGGAAUAUUGAACAGAGCGUCACACCACGCAGUAAACAAUUCCAUAUAUAUAAUAAUUUUUUUUUAAUACUUUUCAGUGGCUGAAAUUUUGGUGCAUCCAUUGUCUUACAUUAAGUGACAUUUUAUUUACCCUGCUGUAAAUUAUGGAGCCCCUAAAGUGACAUUUUCAGGAAAAAAGAAUUGCAUGUGCUCAAGAACCUUUUCUCUGAAAAUGUUCCUGUUUGAAAAUUUAACUUGUGCACAUUAAUAUUUUGUGAGGGGGAAAAAAAAGUUAUAUUCCACUGUGAAUUAGAUUCAUUUUGUCUAUGAGAAAGUUCCUUUUGCACAUGUAUCACAGAAGAAAAUAUUGUAGGAUUUACCUUUGCUAGCAAUUUCUAAGUAAAAUUUGUUGCAAAGUUGAGCAACGCAUUAAUUUAAAUGAGAUAUUUUCAAAGACUGAAAUAGCAUUUUCUUGCUAAACAUGCUCCAAUACUUGAGGGGCUCCAUAGCAAAUAAUUCUCUCUCUCGCUCACUCUUUUUUUGUGUUGGGCGAGGAUUGUUUGAUGAUGAUGAUGAUGAUGAUGAUGAUGAUGAUGAUGAUGAUGAUGAUUAAUAAUAAGAUUAGGAGAAAUAUUGAAAAAAAAGUAAUAAUUUUUUCUAAUGAUAUUCUUACAUUUAGUGACAAUUUUAUUUACCCUACUAGAAAAUAAUGGUCUUAAUAUCUUACGCAAACUUUAAAAAGACAAAAAUACAGAUUAAGAAAAUAUAUUUCUGCAGUGUAUACAGUGCCGAGUGGAAGAAGGAUGUCUGUGUCGAAGAAGUGUUUGUUGUCAGGUCAGCUUUCUAACUUUCGUCCCAGCCCGUGUCGCUCUCUUGUUCUCUUUGUAUCUGCCUCUCUCUCUCUCUCUCUCUCUCUCUCUCUCUCUCUCUCUCUCUCUCUCUCUCUCUCUCUCUCGCUGUCAUUUUUGAAUGUGGUCUGUUCUAUGUGCUGCCCUGCCAUGCAUAGAUCUCCCACACUUGCACUUGCUCCCUUUAUCCGUGCUGAGGAGGGCCGCUGAACGAGAGGCCUCGAGACGCUGAGCGCCCGGUCACUGUGACAUUGCUGUGACAUCACAGGCUUCGGCGUAAAGACUGACGCACCGAGGCCUAGAAAAAUAGAAACGCUACAUGAGAGAAUCCAUAUGAGGGACUAAAAAUCCACAGAGCACUUCUGCUUUUGAGAUAAUUUCAUGAAGAAAAAAAAUUAACAGAAAAGGAGAAACUAUAAAGAUGUGGGAAUAUUUGUGUGUCGGAAUUGUUUUGUGACUCUCAAAAUAUGUCAUGAAGAUUUCAAGGCAAAUCGGCAUGGAUCAUCUAAGAGAAAGAACAGCUUUUUUUUAAAUGUUUGUUGGAACUUUUAUAUUUGACUUAUUCCCGUGUUAUUUUUAACUUUUCAAAAGAGCGGCAGAAAUUAUUCAUAUGUGAUAUGAGAUUAUAAUGUAGACCCUUGAAUUAUUAGAGCAACGAUGGUACCAGUUCUGCAGUUACAUGAGUCUAGACGAGUCAGAUGUUGCUGUUGUUGUUGUUGGUGUUUCCUGCUUGUAUCAUGAUGCAUUCUGGUACAUGUAGUCCUGCUAUGUUUAUUUUAUUGUUUUCCUCCAAGUGUUACUAUGAGAAUAUUUUUAUUUGUUAAUCAUGUGGAAAAAAACAUAUUUUGAGUUCCUAUAAAAUGUUCAAAUGCUCUGGCAAAGGACAACUGCAAGAAAAAGGGGGAAAAAAACGGAAAUAAAGCUUUUUUGUUUAAAAUAAACUCUUUUUAAUGAUCAGGAAAUGUGAGUUUGAAGACAAAAUGUUUUGAAAGUACUUUGGG